AUGUUAACGAACAAAUUAGUAGGAAAGAGGCAGCUACAAAGAAAAAUAAAAAAACAAGCUGAACACUGGAAAAAUCAAAUGAAUCCAAUCAGUGAACCAUCUAAUUCCUCAAAUGCAGUGAAUUCUAGUGAUGUUGUUCAUUUGGAAGUCCCUCUUCCAGAUGAAACUUCCGACGUACCUAGUACUAGUAGGCUCAUUCGUACUUUUGAUCAUAUAAGUUGUUCUAAAAAUAAUAUACAUGUUGCCUCAGAUGUUGCUAUAGAGAUGAACCAGAAGCUCAGGGAAUGGGUUAAUGAAUAUAAUUUAACUCGCAAUUCCAUAACUUCCCUCUUAUGUAUACUGAAUCCUGUUUUACCUUCCCUGCCUAGAGAUUAUCGAACUCUUAUGAGAACUCCUCGACAAACCAAAACUACUAAAUUAAAAAAUGGCAAUAUGCACUAUUUUGGUAUUGAAAAUAAUAUUUUGAAAAAAUUAAAAUAUGGUUUUAGGAAGAAUGUACAAGCUAUUCUGUUACAAGUUAAUAUUGAUGGAUUACCACUUUUUAAAAGUAGUUCAACUGAGUUGUAUCCUAUUUUGGGUAUGUGCCCAGAUUUAAUAGAAAAUUCUCCAUUUACAAUUGCUUUAUUCUGUGGAAAAGGUAAACCAGACCCCUUAACAACUUACUUAGAUAAAUUUUUGGAAGAAAUCAUCUCCUUGAAGCAAACUGGUAUUAAUUAUAAUGAAAACCUAUUUUCAUUUGAUAUACAUUUCUUCAUUUGUGAUGCUCCCGCUAGAAGUUAUCUACGUCAAACUGUUGGUCAUACUUCAAAAUUGGGAUGUGAAAAAUGUCAAAUUGUUGGUAUUUAUGAAAAACACCGCAUAAUAUAUGCCCAAGAUGAACUCGUAUUGUUUGAUCAGAAGUUGGAUCAAGACUUCUUGAAUGAACCAACUUGUGAAUAUAUCAAAGGAAAGAGUCCCCUUUUAAGAGCAGAUAUUAAACUAAUAACACAGUUUCCUUUGGACCCCAUGCACUUACUUUUCUUGGGUGUAGUUAAAAGUAAAAUCAUGUUCGCCGUUGUGGAAUUUUUGAAAUCUGACAUGGAGUCGACUGGAGAAAUUUCUGUUGUGCCAUUGAUGUGGUUACACAAGAACCAAACCAAAUGUUAUUGGCCAAACCGCACCAAUAAAAUUCCAUUCCAAAAAUUUGUUGAGAGCCUCACCCCAUUCAAAAAGACCUGGCCUACUUAUAGGGUGAAAUGUCAUUUCACCUGUGCAACAUAUGAACAAGCAGAUAACAAUUUGAAAAACAUUUUGACAGACAACUAUGAAUCUGCUGAUUCUAAUAUAUCAUUAUGCCAAAAAAGCAUCCCUAAUGAGUCUGAUGAAUCACUCUGCUCUAGGAGUCUAUCCCCAAAUAUCCUUUCCACACCAGAAGUAUCUAAAAAUAUUCCUGAUGUGACUAAUUCACCCUCAACAUUCAUUUGUGAAGAUGAAGGUGCCAAGAGAAUGCGGCUGGAUGACGAUGAAAUUAAUAUGUCAUUGUCUCAGUUGUCACAUUCCUCACAGCAUAAUAUUAUUUCUGAUGGAGAAAUGUCUUCAAGGCCCUCUUCCAUUGUUUCUUGCAGCUCCAGAGCUAGAAGUAGUAUUAUUCCUCUGGCAAAAAACACAGAAUUCGAGAAUGUUGUUCUACAAACAUUGAGCCAAAUUUCUGCCAGUGUUUCCCAACAUUCAAUUCUGCUGGCUGAAAUAAAUAGACGCACUAGUAUGACUGGAGCUGAAAACCUAGUGCCACCUGUUGACUUACCAGAUUUUCCAUUCACAAUCCUGCUGAACUUUCAGGAAUUUGACUUGAAACUCAGGGAUGAUCAAGCAUUAUGGACAUACAUGAUGCUGUGAAGUAUGCUUUUCCCUCAAGAGAAAUAGAUGAGUACAAAUUAUGUAAUGUCAUAAAAGAAUGGCUCAAAUUUGCUUCCACAAGGUUGAUCAAAGGAAAAAAAUCUAUUCCAACAAACACGUAGAUAAUUUCUGAAAUUUAUUUCUGUGAUAUGGUGCCAAAUCAUUCUUUAUGGAAGAAAAUAUAUUCCAACAAAUAAUUAGGUGAAAUUUCAUGCAUAACCAUAUGAUUUUAUUGUUUUUUUUUUGGAUUUGGUGUCAAUCAUUUCUUAAUCACAUAUUUUGUUUAUUGCAGAACUUAAUUGCUUCUAAUGUGUUUUCGGAAUGGAUUUUUUUUUGGAAUGGAUAUUUAGGUUAUAAACAUGUUUAAAAUUGACUUAUGCUUGAAUAUGAAACAUUAUUUCAUACAGCUAUGUCCCCUUUUUCAACUAACGUCUAUUUAAUGCCAGUGAUUUCAGAGACAAACAAGAAGCUCAGAGAAUUGGUUGUUACAAAUUCAAAUAUAUACAUGGGGAUCUUGGAAAAUAUAUGGGUGUUGCAGAUGAAUAUUUGAAAAAAUUCGUCAUUCAAUCAGCAUGGUAGAGAUUUUGUUGCUUUCAAUGUACGGGGUGUCCCAAAUUCGAGGAGUAUUAUUGGGAUCUCAGUAAUAAUAACAGACACAAAGUCGGUUAAAUACGGGGAGAGUUGCGCAAUUUGAUGCUGAUCAA